GUUUUGUUAUUUCUUAAUUGAAGUUAAUUUUGUUUAAAAACAAGUAAGCUACGUCCACGCCCCACGCCCUAGAAAGUGUGUGUAAUUAGUCGAAGGCUACUCUAGAUUGGCUUAUCAACGAAAAACUGAAACAUGGUGGUGCUGAGCUCCUGCUGGUCCCCCAUUAUAUGGUCCGACAAUGUCCGUACGGGCAGCUACGCUGUGGCCGCUUACACGGCCGCGCUCUCGGUGGUGAUGAUCACGAUUAUCGCUUACAUGCUUGCGGGCGGCGAGUCGGCCCAGCUAUAUUCGCCACUCUUCGAGACGGAUAUCAAGAGCUCGAUGCCCAUAGCAGGCGGCUUCUUCAUCAUAUACUUUCUCCUGAUAAUUUUUGCCUCCUAUCUGGUGUACUUUGGGAUUAAGAUCAGCACUCGCGGCUGGCUGCUGCCCUGGCUUGGUCUCGUGGGCCUAGCCAUUCUCUUCCAGUUUUGCUGGAGUCUGUGGCUCAUCGGUGGCUACUAUAUUUAUCUGGAGCAAACCUUUUCGGCUCUGCUUAACUUCGUCUGGAUGGCCUACAAUAUAUACUGCUGGCUGGUUGUGUUCUCUCAGUACCAGAUCUUCCUACAAAUCCAGAAUCCAAACAUUGAGCUGCUGAUGCCAUGAUGAAGUCUAAAACUAGGGUCGAAUAAAUUUUAGAAUACUUAGACUUGACAUGCAACAAAAGUCCGUCCAGAGACAGUUUUGUAAUAAGAGUACAUACAUUUCCAUUGCACACCAAGAUGCCUACCAAAUAGUUUUAUAUACAAUAAUAUAUAUUUUACACCUUUAUACACAUCCAUUAUAUACCUAAUACCUAUUAUAUGAACCGAAUGCCUUAGUCUGCUUUUUGACCAUUAAAAACAAUUAUUUGUAAAGACAUCUA